UAUUUUGUUGUUGAGUUCGUUUAAAACUAUUUAUUUCCUUUUCUUCUUGAUUUAUUCAAAAAACUACAUUCAUUUUUCAAGUGAUGGGAUGGCUUUCAAAAAGAGGUUCUAAAAGAAAACAAAAAAGAAGAUCGAUAAAAUGGAAAAGAAAACAAAGACUGGAAGUAAAAAAGUGACAAGGUCGAAGAAGUCAAAAAAGACGAAAAGACGAAGCUCGACUACUGUAACAACAACUACUAUAUCGAAUAGUAAACCAGUGACACCGGACAAAGAUAAGGAUUCAAAAGAUCAGAGAAAGCAGCGGACAAAGCGAAAGGAUCCAUUUGAGAAGGAAUGGUUUGGAAAGGAAUGUGAUGACGUGACAAGGUGCAAGGUUCCGAUUCAAGAAUUUAAAAUUGCUGAAGUUCAACUGCGACCCCGAAUCGAAGAAGAUCAGAAUAUCGAAGUGACAAGUCGAGACAUUGACGAAGCUGAUAUGGAACGGAUAUGCAAAAAAUUCGCAAAGGAGAAAAUCAAUCCAAUCACGAUGGCAGAGCCGAUCGACGAAAAAACGAAGAUUUUGUUGGAUAGAGUCACUAAGAAACCAUAUCCACUGAAGUAUAACAAUGAAAAAGGAUUGCUGUUAUUCGAUGAAAGAUCCUCAUUCUAUAAGUCAAGGGAAAAGAAGAAGGCUGAAAAAUCUGAAUCUAAUCUAGAAGAAGACACUUAUGGACAAGUACCAAAGUUGAAAGAUGUUCAGAGGUUGCCACCGCAGAACGUGUUCAGCCGUCCUGGAGUACCGUUUUGGGCAGUCACUUUGUUACCAACGGAGGAGGAUUUGGUUGACGUUGAUCCAUCAAUAUCAGUUGGAACUGAACAUCUUGAAAUGUAUCAUUUGAAACAAGUACCACUUCAAACUAUCAAAAAAUCAAAGUUAAUACUCAAUGCACUUCAACCAUUGUCUAUAUUAGAAGAUCGUGAUGAUAUUCAUUUCACGCCGGAACUUGUAUUUUCAAAUACAAUUCGAUCGCUUGUUCAUGCUCAGGAAAUGGAAGGAAAACGAAAUGAAAGUAAAUCAGAUGAUGAGGGAAAGUCCGAUAAGAGUUUGUCAUUUGUCAUUGAGAAGCAGGAAGAGUUUAUUUAUUCAAGAGCAAAUCCAAUCGAGACGGCUAGAAUGGCUCGUAGGAAUCGUAGAAGUAAAGGAUCGUCGUCGAAGAAGUGAAACUGAAGUCUUACUUUUCUUAAGUGAAUAUUUAUUCGGAGGCAAGAUAAAAGAAUAAAUGGUCAAAUCACA